UUUUGUUUCACGAGAAGCCUGCCCCGAUUUUUGCUGUUGUCUGCGCUUAGUCUCUUCAAGUUCCUGGGUCUUGUACGUCUACGCGUGGGCCGUUGUUGCAUGAAUGGUAUAGCAUAGAAUCUCGGGCGUCUCUCCUUCACGUGUUUGCAGCCCGUCGAGUUUCCGCACGUUCGUCCGCCGUUAAGGUUUUCGACUCGCAUCGUCCGCGCAGACAUGGCUUCCUCAUCGUCCAAUGUAGUGGGUGUCCACUACAGAGUAGGAAAGAAAAUUGGUGAAGGGUCUUUUGGUGUGAUCUUUGAGGGCACGAAUCUCCUGAACAAUCAGCAGGUUGCGAUUAAAUUCGAACCUCGGAAGAGUGACGCUCCCCAGUUGCGAGAUGAAUAUCGAACGUACAAAAUUUUGGUCGGAUGCCCCGGCAUUCCUAAUGUCUACUACUUUGGCCAGGAAGGUUUACACAAUAUCCUCGUGAUUGACCUGCUUGGUCCCAGUUUGGAGGAUCUGUUUGAUCACUGCAACCGACGCUUCUCUGUGAAGACCGUCGUCAUGGUCGCCAAACAAAUGCUCUCUCGAGUUCAAACAAUCCACGAGAAGAAUCUGAUCUACCGUGACAUAAAGCCCGAUAACUUCCUCAUCGGUCGCCCGAACUCCAAGGCCGCCAAUGUUAUCCACGUCGUCGACUUCGGAAUGGCCAAGCAAUACCGGGAUCCCAAAACCAAGCAACAUAUCCCAUACCGUGAGCGAAAGUCGCUGUCCGGUACAGCGCGCUACAUGAGUAUCAACACCCACUUGGGACGCGAGCAGUCACGACGAGACGAUCUUGAGGCCUUGGGCCACGUUUUUAUGUAUUUCCUUCGAGGUGGCUUGCCCUGGCAGGGCCUGAAGGCUGCCACCAACAAACAGAAGUACGAAAAGAUUGGAGAGAAGAAGCAGACCACCGCCAUCAAGGAACUCUGCGAGGGAUUUCCAGAAGAAUUCACAAAGUACCUUAGCUAUGUGCGCAAUCUUGGUUUCGAAGACACCCCUGACUACGAUUACCUGCGGGAUCUUCUUACUCAGGCCCUCAAGAACGCUGGGGAAGUUGAGGAUGGAGAGUACGAUUGGAUGAAACUGAACAACGGUCGAGGGUGGGAAUACAAGUCCUAUUCGUCCCAGCAGGCUCUCCAGAACUCCGCCAUGCAUACUUCUGCCAGGGACCUCCACGGCCAGCAGAUCCGCAACAGCCAAAGACCCGGCGUGACCGCAGACCGUUUAAACGCCGCGCAGCCCCCGCCCCCGUCUCCUGCGAAGCCCGGAGCCGGGAAGACGCGCGAGCCGCAAAACGUCAGAGGCGGCAUCCCGCCAAAACGUCAGAGCGGGGGAUUCGACACGACACCAGCUGCCUCGACAGUGGCACAGUUUCAGAACUCGAACGCGAACAUCUCGGGUCAUCGGAUAGGCAGCCCGGCGACCCCGGCCAAGAACCAGCCAGCCCCUGGCGGCCAGCAGGCGAGCAAUGAGCCGCAGCCCACCUUGAUGCAAAAGGUGAUGAAAGCACUUUGCUGCGGUUGA